AUGCCGAGUACCGCAACCUUUUCCGGGUUCGCAUCCAACAUCCACUUCCUGCCUUACCCAGGCCCCAUUAUAGGCGGCACCAUCGCCGGCUCUCUCGGCUGGAAGGCAAUCUUCUGGUUCCUCACCAUCUACGGCGGCGUAUUCCUAUGCAUUUUGAUCAUCCUUUUACCGGAGACCCUAUGCUCCAUCGUCGCCAACGGCAGCCGCACCCCGUCCAACCCACUGACUCGCUUUUCCCUGGACGUAUACCAACGCACCACCAAGAUUCCCUGGCAUGACCACUCCCGAGAUCCACAAACCCAGCCCGCCGCCCGCAAGAAAAUCGACCUCCUCGACCCGAUCCGCAUACUCCUCUCCAACCACGCCGCGCCCAUCAUCCUCUUCCUCGCCAUCUACUACGCCGUCUGGCAGAUGAGCAUCACCGCCAUGUCCUCCCUCUUCGAGGAGCACUACAACCUCACCGAGAUCCAGACCGGGCUGACCUUCAUAGCCAACGGCGUGGGCUCAAUGAUCGGCACAUUAGUGACGGGCAAGAUCCUGGACGCGGAUUACCGGCGCGUCAAGGCGGCGUACGAAGCCUCGUUCGACGCGGAGCACGCCAAUGACUCCGACGCCGCCAGCGCGACAGCCCUCGCCUCCGCGCGGGAAACAGACUUUCCCUUGGAACGAGCGCGUCUGUGCCUGGUGCCCGUAUUCUCGGUCCUCCAAUGCUGCUCCAUCAUCUUGUUCGGGUGGACGAUCCGGUAUCCACACAAGGUGCACAUGGCGGUGCCAAUUGUCUCGACGUUUAUUACCGGGUGGACGGCGGUCUCGACGCAGUCGCUGGUUAUGACGUACCUGGUGGAUGUGUUUCCCGAGCGGAGUGCAGCCGCCAGCGCCAGUUUGAACCUCGCAAGGUGCCUGUUUGCGGCUGGGGGCACGAGCUUCAUCACGCCGACGAUCGAUGGGGUGGGAGUCGUUGUCGCAUUCACGAUUUGUGUUGCGGUGCAGCUGCUAGCGCUAGUAGGGCCCUUCAUCCAGUGA